AUGCUUUCCUCCACCUUCCCUCACGAUUCCCCUCUCAUCGCCCACGGUUCCUCCUACCGUCGCCCACGCUUCCUCCCACCGUCACCCACGCUUCCCCCCACCGUCACCCACGCUUCCCCCCACCGUCGCCCAAGCUUCCCCCCACCGUCGCCCAAGCUUCCCCCCACCGUCGCCCACGCUUCCCCCCACCGUCGCCCACGCUCCCCCCCACCGUCGCCCACGCUUCCCCCCACCGUCGCCCACGCUUCCCCCCACCGUCGCCCACGCUUCCCCCCACCGUCACCCACGCUUCCCCCCACCGUCGCCCACGCUUCCCCCCACCGUCGCCCACGCUUCCCCCCACCGUCGCCCACGCUUCCCCCCACCGUCGCCCACCGCCACCGUCGCCCACCCCCACUGUCGCCCACGCUUGCCCUCCCAUCGCCCUCGGUUAGACUUCCCGCCGACCUCCCUUCUCUCCCACCUCUCUCCACGUCCCUCUCACCCACCCUGGGCGGGGAGGUAUGGCGAGCUGGGCUGGGAGCUGGGGAAGGGGUCGUGACUCGUUCGCUGUGGGGUGUGGAAGGGUGCGUGGUCAGCAGCACCCACCCUUCUCUCUCUUGCACUGACCUCCUCUCCUCUCUCGCACCAACCCCACACGCAUGGCAGGUGGUGGUGCGGCUUUGGAGCAGAGUGUUUGGCGCACAGCCAGGGCAGCGCGUGCAGGUGGGCAGCAAGGAGUGCAGUGCUGCAGGGGGCGGGUCAGGGGAGCGGGGGAGGCGGGGCAGGGGAGGCGGGGUCGUCCUCCUCUCCCUCUCCCUUCCUCCCUUCCUCCAUCUCUCUGCCUCACUACCCUCUUUACCCUCUCUGUUGCCCGUCCUCCCUUCCUCCCUUCCUCCAUCUCUCUGCCUCCCUACCCUCUUUACCCUCUCUGUUGCCCGUCCUCCCUUCCUCCCAUCCUUCUUUCCUGCCAUUCUUCCUCUCCUCAUCCUCCCUCGAUCCAGUCCCCCUUCCCCUUUCCAUCUCCCACUCUCCCACUCCCUUCCUCACGCCAACCCUGCUCCUCCGUUCCACCCUUCUACCUUCCCCCUUGUACCGAGCCGCACUUUUUCCUCUCAUCCGCCCAUCAUCUCAUCCGCCCAUCCUCUCAUCCGCCCAUCAUCUCAUCCGCCCAUCAUCUCAUCCGCCCAUCAUCUCAUCCGCCCAUCCUCUCAUCUGCCCAUCAUCUCAUCCGCCCAUCCUCUCACCGUCGCCCACGCUUCUGCCUUAGUGCCUUUCCGUGCUCUCUCUCCCCUACCCACGCUUCAUCUCGCUCACCCUUCCGCCCUUCCUCCGUGUCUCCCUUGCUCAUUUUCUGCCUCCGUGCAUUCUUUGUUCCCCACCCUCCAUCAGAGUUUGUGGUUCGUGUCUGUGCAGGUCUGCCAUGCAUCCAGUUCUGAUGAGUAUAGGGUUUGA